AGAAUUUUCACAAACAGUUUUAGAGAUUUUACAAUUCUUUCUCUCUAAUUCUCAUGGCUCUUGCUGCAUCUUCGUCUGCGAUUUCUAGCUCAAUCUCUUCCCGUUCCUUCGGUCCCCAGGAGCUCAGAGCUCCUCAGAUCGGUUCAUUUCGACCAUUAGAUCGAACCUUCCUCCCAUCUGUGGCGGCGAAUUCUGCCGGACGGCGGUGCUUAGUGAAACCAGUCUACGCUGAACCAAAACGCAGCGAUUCCAUUGUUCCUCUCGCAGCAACCGUAGCCACUCCUGAGGUGGAAGUGGUAGAGAAGGUAUUUGAAACAGAAGAUUUCGAGAAAUUAGCUAUAGAUCUUCUUGAUGCUUCUCCUCUCGCCAUUAUUGAUAAAGCCCUUGAGAAAUUCGGAAAUGACAUCGCUAUUGCUUUCAGUGGAGCAGAGGAUGUGGCCUUAAUCGAGUAUGCGAAGUUGACAGGGCGGCCAUUUAGGGUGUUCAGCCUUGACACAGGGAGGCUCAACCCUGAGACUUACAAGUUCUUUGACACAGUCGAGAAGCACUAUGGUAUUCGAAUCGAAUACAUGUUUCCUGAUGCGGUUGAGGUGCAGGGGUUGGUUAGGGCCAAGGGGCUUUUCUCCUUCUACGAGGAUGGGCACCAGGAGUGCUGCAGAGUGAGGAAGGUGAGGCCUCUGCGGAGGGCACUCAAGGGUCUUCGUGCUUGGAUCACGGGACAGCGCAAAGAUCAGUCUCCAGGUACCAGGGCCGAAAUCCCCGUUGUCCAGGUAGACCCCUCGUUCGAAGGAAUGGAUGGCGGGGUCGGCAGCCUUGUUAAGUGGAACCCACUUGCAAACGUGAAUGGCCUUGAUAUCUGGAACUUCCUGCGGGCGAUGAAUGUGCCCGUCAAUACGUUACACUCACAGGGUUACGUCUCAAUUGGUUGCGAGCCCUGCACAAGACCGGUGUUGCCAGGGCAACACGAGAGAGAAGGGAGAUGGUGGUGGGAGGACGCCAAGGCCAAGGAGUGUGGCCUUCACAAGGGCAACAUCAAACAGGAAGGCGAGUCCCAAAACGGUACAGUAAAUGGGAGCCCCCAAACAAACGGAAACGCCGCCGUCGCUGACAUUUUUAGUACCGGCAACGUGGUGAACCUGACCAGGGCUGGGAUUGAGAAUUUGACCAGAUUGGAGGACCGAAGAGAACCCUGGCUAGUGGUGCUCUAUGCGCCUUGGUGCCCUUUCUGCCAGGCUAUGGAAGGAUCGUACGUGGAGUCAGCAGAGAAGCUGGCUGGGAGUGGAGUGAAAGUUGGGAAGUUCAGGGCAGAUGGAGAGCAGAAGGCAUUCGCACAGAGAGAGCUGCAGCUUGGGAGCUUCCCCACCAUACUAUUCUUUCCGAAACACGCAGCACAGCCAGUGAAGUACUCGUCCGAGAAGCGAGACGUUGAUUCAUUGAUGGCUUUCGUGAAUGCUCUCCGGUGAUGUCAAUCACAAGAAAUGAAGUUCAUCCAAUCUUG